UGGGAAUGCAUGCCCCGCUGACGAAAUCAGUGGGCAAGACGACCGUACCUUACCCCUCGUUCCCGCAACACCCAGCCCCGAGCCAGCAAAUCGAUAUCAGGUCAUCGCGAACGACGCAGGACGCGACGACGCCGCACUCAACACACAUACCCAGACUCGCGUUCGAAACCAACAUCGUCGUUACGACCUCACCAAUAACCCGAAAAGGAGCAGCCCCGUCGACGACCGUUUGUUCAACCCCUCACUCUCACACACGUAUACGCACACACACACACACACACACACACAAUAUGGCUAGCGACAUCGCGAGAAAGAAGCGACGUAUAGCCCUCGGCUGCGAGGGGUCCGCCAACAAGCUCGGCAUCGGCGUGAUCCUGCACGAGGGCGACCUGGGGUCGCCCAAGUCGACGGUGCUGUCCAACGUGCGGCACACGUUCGUGUCCCCGCCGGGGACGGGGUUCCUGCCCAAGGACACGGCGCGGCACCACCGGGCCUUCUUCGUGCGCGUCGCGAAGCAGGCGCUGGCCGACGCGGGCGUCGGCCCCGACGAGAUCGACUGCGUCUGCUACACGCGGGGGCCGGGGAUGGGGGCGCCGCUGACGUCGGUCGCGGUGGCGGCGCGCACGCUCGCGCUGCUCUGGGGCAAGCCGCUCGUGGGGGUCAACCACUGCGUCGGGCACAUCGAGAUGGGGCGGGCCAUCACGGGCGCCGACCACCCCGUGGUGCUGUACGUGUCCGGCGGCAACACGCAGGUGAUCGCGUACGCGGAGCAGCGCUACCGCAUCUUUGGCGAGACGCUCGACAUCGCCGUGGGCAACUGCCUCGACCGUUUCGCGCGCGCGCUCGCCAUCAGCAACGACCCGGCCCCGGGGUACAACAUCGAGCAGCUGGCCAAGCGAGGGGGCAGGGUGUUGCUGGACCUGCCGUACGCGGUGAAGGGGAUGGACUGCUCCUUCAGCGGCAUCCUGACGCGCGCGGAGGAGCUGGCGGCGCAGAUGAAGGCCGGCGUGGGCAAGGGUCCCGACGGGGAGCCGUUCACGGCGGCAGACCUCUGUUUCAGUCUGCAGGAGACGGUGUUCGCGAUGCUGGUGGAGAUCACGGAGCGGGCCAUGGCGCACGUGGGGAGUAGCCAGGUGCUCAUUGUGGGCGGCGUGGGGUGCAAUGAGCGGCUCCAGGAGAUGAUGGGUCUCAUGGCGGCCGACCGUGGCGGGAGCGUCUACGCGACGGACGAGCGUUUCUGUAUAGACAAUGGUAUCAUGAUAGCGCAUGCCGGCUUGCUGGCGUACGAGACGGGGUUCAGUACCCCGGUCGAGGAUAGCACGUGUACACAGCGAUUUAGGACAGACGAGGUGCUCGUCAAAUGGAGGAAGUAAUAUGCUUUCUCAUUGAACAUCUAACUUAAUCGUGACAUUGCGCGAGGGACUCUCAAGUCUCCCGCAGCACUUGCUCCAUAAUAACUCCUAAAAGCCAGGCGUAGCCAUGUCGCCGUUGAUAA